AAAAAUGAGCAAAAGGAGAGGUCGUCCUGUCACACAUUCUUGCAAGAGACCAACUCUGGCUCAGCAAAACAUGGCGCUCAAGGCUGAAGUGGAAGCUCUCCUCGAAGAGAGAAAUAGGCUCAUGGAAGGGAAGACAACAAUAACAGGAUCUGCUGAGGUGGACACAACGAAAAUCUUUGAGACAGUAAUGAAUGAUUGCAAAACGGUGGUUAACACUUUAACCGCUAUUGUAAAUAGUAUGACGGCAACCGAAGGGCUGGAGCAAGCCAUAAGUACCUUGGCGGACAAAUUGGAAGAGACACUCAAUCAGAAUAUAGAAUUGGAGAAUAUUAAUCGGAAACUUCACGACGACCAAAAUCGGACAACCUGCGUAGUGUGUUUUUCCGAAACGACCGAAAUUGGGGAUCAUUCCAUCGUCUCAUUGCCCUGUGGCCACCUAUUCGGGAAGAAUUGCAUUACCCAAUGGCUGCGUGAACAACAGCUGUGCCCCAAAUGCAGACAGGAAUGCCGGGUUGGUCAAGUGCGUCAACUGUGCUUUGAUAUAUGAAUUGUCAUUUUAUAUAUAUAUAUAUGUUAUUGUUAUGUUAAACGGGUUCAGGUUUAUUUUUAGGGCUAGCACAAGUUGAAUGGCAAUAGUAUUCAACUUAAUGAAUAGAAUAAGACAUCAGAGGUUCGAUUCGAUUGUCAUUUCUUUAAAAAGAUGGAGAUUUAAUCCAAUAUAAUAUUGAAGAGCCCUGUCAUCAAAUGCAUUAAUAACGACACUUCCAAUAUUCAGAUUGUGUUUGCCAAUAUACGAGAAAUAAACAGAAAGAAACAUCAAA